ACGUGUUUAUUAAUGUAUAAAUUAUUAUUAAACAAGUUUUCCGGAAAUAUAUUGUAGAUCAAACUAAACAGGAAUAAAAUUGAAUAAUACACAAUGGGAAAACUGAACGUAUCAAUAUUACGUUAUUUAGACAAAGAAGACUUUCGCGUUUUGACGGCCAUUGAGAUGGGCAUGAAAAAUCAUGAACUGGUGCCGGGGUCUCUUACAGCUCUGAUCGCAAAUUUGCGACAUGGUGGUGUUCACAAAAUUUUAAGAGAACUUUGCAAACAUCGGUUGCUGAGCUACGAACGUGGAAAACAUUAUGAUGGAUACAGGCUGACAAAUAUGGGCUAUGAUUAUCUGGCCUUGAAAGCAUUAACUAUGAGAAACGUUGUUGAGUCAUUUGGAAAUCAAAUUGGUGUUGGUAAGGAAUCGAAUAUUUAUGUUGUAGCAGAUGAAGAAGGUGAAGCCUUAUGUCUUAAACUCCACAGAUUGGGCCGAACAUGCUUUCGUAGUGUAAAGUCAAAUAGAGAUUAUCAUCAACAUAGGCAUAGAGCAUCUUGGUUAUAUUUAUCAAGGAUAUCUGCUACUAGAGAAUUUGCUUACAUGAAGGCUUUAUAUGAUCGUGGGUUUCCUGUGCCUCGGCCUAUAGACUGCAAUAGGCAUUGUGUUGUUAUGGAGUUAGUUCAUGGAACACCUCUAACCCAAAUUCAUGAAGUAGACAAUGUUGAAUCUCUUUUUGAUGAGCUAAUGAAUUUAAUAGUUCGAUUGGUAAGUGGAGUUAUUCAUGGAGAUUUUAAUGAAUUCAAUAUUAUGCUAUCUGAUGAUGGACAUCCUGUAGUUAUUGACUUCCCACAAAUGAUCUCAACAUCUCAUCCCAAUGCUGAAAUGUUCUUCAAUCGUGAUGUGACAUGCAUUCAACAAUUUUUCCGGAAACGAUUUAAUUAUGAAAGCGAUCUCCAUCCUACAUUUGCUGAUUUGGAACGUGAUGAUAAUCUCGAUGUUGAAGUAGCUUGUAGUGGCUAUACGAAAGAUAUGGAAAAGGAUUUAUUAUGUGAAUUAGGUAUGAAUAAUGAUAGUGAUUUCGAAGAUGUAGAUGAGCAAGAAACACCAAUUGAAACUUUUGAAGAAAAUUCUGCUGGUAUUGCUGAUUUGAGGCAAGAUUUUGAGAAAGCUAUUCAACAUGAUGAAGAACGACACUGUAAAACAAAUACUCAACCUGCAAAAGCACAUCAAUUACCACUUGAACAAGAUCAAAAUAAUGACAUUACACAAACUUUAACAUCUCUAGAAUUGAAUUCUGAAAAUUGUAAUAGUGAUAGUCUUGAAAAAGAUACAAUAUCUAAAUGUAAGAAUUCAGAUAAAGAGAGUUUACAACGGCAGUAUGAAAUGGUUGAACGAUUAUUUUCUGAUGUUCGAAGUGUGAGAUCUACCACAACUGCUAGUACCAUAGCUCCUGAUGUUAUCAAAAACAAAGUAAAAAAAGCAUUAGAUCAUAAACAAAAAUGUGAUGAUAGAAAAAGAUGUGUUGAAGGUGAAGCAUCAGCAGUUACUAGGAGCAGACGUGAGAAUAGAGCUAAUAUUAAAGAUUCUACUGGCAUAUGGGGAUGGGAAUAAUUUUUAUUUUGAAAUGCCUGUAAAUAAUGUUUUCUAUUCUGUCUAAGAUUGUAUAUUAUGUUUAUUGUGAUCAAUAAUUAAUAACAUAUUUCUUUAUUUUAUUGAGCUCUAGUUCUGACAAUUUUAGGGUGCAUAAUUGAUUUCUGCCAAAUGUAUUUUAAUACAAUUUUAAUAAUUUUAGAAAAGUGAAUAUCCAGCUU